AUGGAUAAUCAAACAAGUUUUCAUCUUAGUUGGAAGAGUAUGGAUGAGAUGAGGCUAUCUCUACAGCUGCAGACUAUGGAACUGGAAGAUACAAGACUAGAGGCACAAGAAGAGAUUAAAGUUAGAGAUUGUGAAGUAGCCCCACUGAAAGAUAUCCUGAAAGAAAGGGAUGAUAUAUUGUUUGAGAAGCUUUUGCUUCAACAACAACAAUCAGCUUCAAAUUCUGAAAUUUCAACCAUUGAAGAUGAUCAUCCCAGAGGAGGAAUUGACUCCAAUAAUGGUUUUUCUUCAUCAGAUUGUGAAGAAAGCAUUGUUUCAUCACCGCUCCAAUUGCCACCACAGCUACCGGCAGAACCUGAACUGGAGUUACCAAUACCAAUAGUGAUUGACAGGCCAUUGCCAGAAAAGGGCAAGCUUUUACAAGCAGUGAUGAAAGCAGGUCCACUCCUACAGAACCUCCUCCUGGCGGGCCCUCUUCCACAGUGGGGCCACCCUCCACCACCGCUUGAUACCUAUCAGAUUCCACCGCCACCUGUAAUAGUUCCACCACCAGCAAUUCCCACUCGUUUCAUCAACAAAGACUCGUUUCACAACAUCAUUCCGACCAAAAAAUAA